CUCCACUCCAUCUCUCUCUCUCUCUCUCUCUCUCUCUCUCUCUCUCUCCCUCUCCCUCCCUCUCUCUCUCCCCCCUUUCUUAAAUUGACAUCCGUCUGGCUCGGAACAUGACAACAGAGAAGCCGUCCUCCGCUGCGCGCUGCCGGUCUGUCCUCGACCCCGAUCACUCGAACCUCGUAUAAGCGCGUGGAGGAAUCGGGACCGCGCAGUGUCCUGCCAGCGGGUGCUCAGGAGGAAUAACAAGAGGGCUCUACACACACACACACACCCUCUUUGUAUGUGCUCGUAGGUCUUACAAAGUGCUCAAGUUAACAUGUAUAUGCACGCGGCGAUACGCGCGAGCUUUGGAUUCGUGGGUUUCUGCCUGGUCGCCUUUGUCCAACAGUCGGCGUCAGGAAGUAAAAGCGCUCAAGAUGUGGACGAGUGUGCCGAGGCGCUUGACAACUGCAGCAUCGACGCCAUCUGCCAGAACACCCUGAAGUCAUACAAGUGCAUCUGCCAGUCGGGCUACAAAGGGGACGGCAAACACUGCGAAGAUGUUGACGAGUGUGCAACUGAAUACAACGGAGGCUGCGUCCACGAGUGCAUCAACAUCCCAGGAAAUUACAGGUGCACAUGCUAUGACGGCUUCCGCUUGGCACACGAUGGGCACAAUUGUCUAGACGUGGACGAGUGCUCAGAAGGCAACGGCGGAUGCCAGCAGAUUUGUGUCAACAUGAUGGGCAGCUACGAGUGCCGCUGCAGAGAAGGAUUCCUCCUGAGUGACAACCAGCACACGUGUAUCCAACGGCCCAAAGCGCAACCGGACGGCUCGAAGGAGGGACCCACUUGCAUGGACAAGAACCACGGCUGUGCGCACAUCUGCAGAGAGACCCAGAAGGGGGGCAUCGCCUGCGAGUGUCGACCCGGAUUCCAGCUCACGCGUAACAUGAAGGACUGCAAAUUGACAUGUAACUACGGUAACGGGGGUUGCCAGCACAUCUGCGAGGAGACGGACCACGGCCCCAAGUGUUUGUGCCACAUGAAGUUUGUCCUGCACAGCGAUGGAAAGACUUGUGUAGGGGAGAGGAGUGUCCAGUCCCAGGCAGCCCCACAGCUGUUCCCCAAUGAGACGUGUGCAGUGAACAAUGGAGGCUGUGAUAGCACGUGUCACGAUUCGGUGACCGGCGUCCGCUGCAGCUGUCCUGUUGGCUUCACUCUGCAGCCCGACCGCAAGACCUGCAAAGACAUUGACGAGUGCCGUCUCAACAACGGGGGGUGUGAUCACGUGUGCCGAAACACGGUGGGCAGCUUCGAGUGCAGCUGCAAGAAAGGCUACAAGCUGCUGACCAACGAGAGAACGUGUCAAGACAUCGACGAGUGCUCCUUCGACCGCGCCUGCGACCACUUCUGCGUCAACUCCGCCGGCAGCUUCCAGUGUCUCUGUCACAAGGGCCACGUCCUGUACGGCCUGGCGCACUGCGGGGACAUUGACGAGUGCAGCAUAAACCGCGGAGGCUGCAAAUACGGCUGCGUCAACACCCUGGGGAGUUACGAGUGUACCUGUCCACCGGGCCACAAGCUGCACUGGAACAGGAAGGACUGUGUUGAGUUGGUGAAAUGUCCUCUGGGACUGUUGGCGCCAAAGGCCACUCUGACCUGUAGCAAGACGGGCAAGAAGGAGAGCUGCUCUCUUACCUGUGCCUCCAAGGCUCACUAUCUGGCAGAGUCGGAUAACAGCUACUCGGUCAGCUGCGGGAUCCCCAUCCUCCGAGGGAAGUCCCCCUCCAGGCUCAACUCCAGCAGCCAGAGCUGCAUAGAGACUCUGGCCCCGCCAGUGAAGCAGACGGCUUCUUUCAAGAUUAAAAACGCCAAAUGUCACCUGCACCCGAAGCUGACCGGCAGGACGGAGGACAGAGGACGGACACUUGGACCAGGAGGGGGGCAGCCCUGCAGCAACUGCCUGGUGACAUUUGUCAACCUCAAAUGUGACUCUUCUAAGAAGACUAAAGGGCGACGUGCUCGCAACCCGUCUAACAAAGAGGUGACGCGUAUAACGCUGGAGCUGGAAGCUGAGGUCAAACCUGGAGACACUACAGGGAGUUGCAAUCUCAGCUGCCUGAGACAGCGCAUGGAGAAGCAGGUCAAGACGUACAUCAAGGCCCUGAAGAAGUCCAUCAACCAGGAGCGCUUCCUGAUCCGAGUCGCCGGUCUGGAGUACGAGGUCGCCCAGAAACUCCCCCAGGCAGCUCCGAGCCACGAGAACUGUGGCCCCGGCUGGGAGAGGGACAGCGGGCGAUGUGUCAGAUGCCUGCCGGGGUCCUACUACCACGGGGAGCAGGAGCGCUGUGUCCAGUGUCCGCCUGGCACCUUCCAGGAGAGGGAGGGGCAGCUGGCCUGUGACCUUUGCCCCGGCAGCGACGGCCACGGCCCCGUCGGGGCCAGAAACAUCUCCUCCUGCGCAGGACAAUGUCCAACGGGGUCCUUCUCCAGCGACGGGUUCAAACCGUGCCAGCCGUGUCCCCAGGGCUCCUACCAGCCGGAUUUGGGACGGACCCUGUGCUUCCCCUGUGGGGGAGGCCUGGGCACCAAGCGGGAAGGUGCCAGCUUCUUCCAUGACUGUGAAGUCAAAGUUCAGUGUUCUCCGGGUCAUUACUACAACACCACGGUGCACCGGUGCAUCCGCUGCCCGGUGGGGACGUACCAGACAGAGUUUCGGCAGAACUACUGCAUUUCCUGCCCCGGGAACACCACCACGGACUUUGAUGGCGCCACAAGCGUCUCGCAGUGCAAGAACAGGCAGUGCGGGGGCGAGAUGGGCGAGUUCAUGGGUUACAUCGAGUCGCCCAACUACCCCGGUAAUUACCCCGCUAACGUGGAGUGCAUCUGGAACAUCAACCCGCCCAGCAAGCGCAAGAUCCUAAUCGUGGUGCCGGAGAUCUUCCUGCCCUCGGAGGACGAGUGCGGAGACGUGCUGGUGAUGAGGAAGAACUGGUCGGCCACGUCCAUCACCACCUACGAGACGUGCCAGACGUACGAGCGGCCCAUCGCCUUCACGGCGCGAUCCCGACGCCUCUGGAUUAACUUCAAGUCCAACGAGGCGAACAGCGGCCGAGGCUUUCAGAUCCCCUACGUCACUUAUGACGAGGACUAUGAACAGCUCGUAGAAGACAUCGUGCGAGACGGAAGACUCUAUGCCUCAGAAAACCAUCAAGAAAUCCUCAAGGAUAAAAAACUGAUUAAGACUCUUUUCGACGUGCUGGCUCACCCAAACAACUACUUUAAGUACACCACUCGGGAGUCCAACGAGAUGCUCCCUCGCUCCUUCAUCCGCCUCAUAAGCAGCAAAGUGUCCGCUUUCCUGCGACCAUACAAGUAAAGCUGAAGCACGGGAUUGUGACAGCCCCCCCUUCCCCCUCUCCCCCCUCUCCCCCUUCCCUCCCCCCCUCACCCACAGGCCAUCCCGCAACUCUCACAGGACACCAGUCACCCUCUCUAACUUCCCAUAGGCUUCGACAGUAAACACUACACGCAGACCUGAGAAACUUUUAGUUUAUUUCUCUCGGUUGGGCGCCGGUCUCGCGGGCAUCACGAGUGGCUUCGGGUUUCUGUUGUGCAAUGAAACCCCCCAAAAAGAAAAGAAAAUGGAGACGGCCAUUUCAGACGGCGGGAGUGACGUUGCGCGUGCGCGGCCGUUAAGUGUGACUGUGAGUGUUGUGCAUGUGUUGUGUGACCCUGGUUCCACCCUCGGUGUCCUCGAGGAGGAGCGGCGGGUUGGAUUCGCGUCGCGUCCGCGUUCCAGGUCGUUGGAGGUCGCGCCAUGUUUGAGCUCUUAGAGCCGCUUCGAAAGGUUUUUGCUGUUAAAACAGUCGAUGUUUUUGUUUCGCGCCCGUCAGCGUUUUCCGACCUUCAGAUGGUGUUCUGAUGCUCUUUUGUUUCUACGGCAACACAAAUGGGCAUAAGUGCACAUCUCGGAGAUGAAUAACAAACUAAUAAACGAGAGUGUGACGUCUAGUGGAACAUCUCUCAGAGAGAAAGAGAGAAAUGUCUUCGAGGGACAUUUUGUUUGCUGCUUCUUUUAAAAAGGUCACUUUAAUUCUUCAAUCUCAUAUUUUCUUUCUGAUGUCGUCUACAGUCUCUAGGUUUAGAACUAAGGAAGCUCCAACGUCUGAAAUGCUUAGUUCUUACACACAGAAGGUUGAUGUCACAUUACCAGUUUGUGUGUUUUUAUUUCAAUUUUGUAAAUAAUGAAAAUAAACUAGACGAGGGUUUAAUUCUUUAAUCCUAAAUUUCGUACGCAGGACCCCCAAAAUUGUUUUUUUCCCCCCCCCACCUUCAUGUCCCACCCGUCUCAAAUCCAAAGACACCCAGAACUCCCUUCUAACACCCCACUUGCAUUUUGUUCUGUCCCAAUGAAGACAGCUCUUCCAAAGACCGCCCAAAAAGGUGGGGUCACUUUGUCUUGUGCACUAAGUUCAGAGCCCGCCAUCCUACCUUUAAGUACAACGUGCAAUGAGUGAGAACACAUCUUUAUUUUCGGUUACACCCUUUUGUGACCCACAACAAAGCUCGUGAAAUGGGAUUUAGGCUCUAGGAUUCUUUUUGGGACGCGUUGUAUUAAAUAUGUAUCAGUCACUGUGGGCGGGAGACGUUUAGGUUGCAAAGUGUAACUGCUCUUAUUAAGAGAGGGACAAAAAAAAUAUAUAAAGUCAGUCAAGAAACAUGACAACUUGCUGUGUGAAAAAAAAAAAAAAAAAAAAAAGAAUCCAACACUAUGCUUCAUGUAUAUAAAAGGAAUUGCUUCACAUAUGUAAUGAAAUACGCUUAUUUUGCCAUUUUACCAAGAAUCAGAUGAGAUUGACGCCACUCUAAUCUGGACAGAUCGCACAAAUACUGGAAACGGAAAAAAAAAAAAAAAAGGUGACCACGUCCGUCUCAAAGUAACAAACCACAGCUACUUAUAUGGUGAGGACAUUCCUGGACUCAGUGACUCCAGAAAGACUCUCAGCAAGAAAGGGAAUGAAUAUUUCUCAUUACGUGUGGGCGACUCUUUAGCACCACCCCGUCGGUGGAAUUGGUAGACGACUGUGAUUAGAAUCCCAGCUUGUCAAACGUCCGGUUCAGGUGGACUGAUCUGCGUGAAUGAAAAUAAGUGGUCCUGGAUAUGAAGCGUACCCUCACCGCUGUAUUAAAAAUAAAAAAGG